AUGAGAAAAAGAUUAAUAAAAGCAUCUCAUCUCGAAGAAGAAAAACCACGAAUCGAAUAGCCAAUAACCUUAUAAUAGGACUCAUCAUCUGAUGAUUCUGAUUAGGAAGACGAUAGAAAGCAAAAAUAUUCAAGAUUAUAAUUUAUUGAUGAAAACAAACAAUAGUAGUUGGAUCGUUUUUUGCAGAAGGGGAAUUAAGGUUAGAAUGUUCCUCAACCAAAAAAACAAAAAGUCAUUGAAUUCAAAAUGGUAGAAGAAACCAAAUAAACCACCAAUUAAAAGGAUGAGGAGAAACGAUGUGACCUGUCUGAUGAUUAAGACAGUGACUUUGACCUUCCUACUAACUUUAAACAUCUUGCUGGUAUCACAAGAACAUCCACAACUACAACUCAAGCUACUCAACUUUUAAAAGUCACAUCUCAACCAUCAGAUGUAGAAAUUAAAUCGUUUGAACAGGAUAAAAGAAAUCAAUUUGAAUAAGAACAUGUUUAAGUAGCCUAAAUUGAAAUCGAGGAGGAUUCUCAUAAAAACACUGCAAGUCUACCUUUGGAAGGAAAGUCUUAUUAUAUAUUGGGAAAUUUAGGGAAAUACGUACGAGAAGAUUUAGUCAAGAUUAUUAAACUCUAUGGAGGAUUCAACAAAUGUAGAGUUCUUUAGGAUACAAUUUUGCUUUAGGGAUCAUUACAGAACAAUGGCAAGAGUAUUUCAAAUAGCUAACAUUUGAAGGAUGCUCAAAAGUACAAGAACUUGAUUCUUGAUGAAGAGGGUUUUAAUAAUUAUUUAAUAUCAUAUACAGGAAAUGAUUUAUAGAAAUCCUAUUAAUUAGCAUGUAAAGAUAACCAAUUAAAUGGACAAGAAAUAAAGGAAUAAUCAGAUCAAUAAUAAAAACAACAAAGUUAACAAUCUUCAUAAGUCUAAAAGUCACAACCAUAGCAACUAUCUAAGUAACCUACCAAUUAGGCUGUUUAAGAAGUUAAAAGCAAUCUUAGAGCUAAGUUUGACAGUGAAGUUGUUAUAGUUGAAAAAUAAGUUGAAUUGAAACCAGAAAUAGUUAAUUUCUCCAAAAAUAAACAAAUCCAAGAAGAAUAAAAGAAAGUUCAAAAAAUAGAGUAAAUAAUGGUUGAAGACACUAAAUAAAAAUGUUAACUUUGGACUAAUAAAUAUGCUCCUUCUAAAGUAUCAGACUGUCUAGAUCAAACACAUGUCCCAAAUAUUGUUAAAUGGUUAGAUAAAUGGGGCAAGCCUUAAUUAGAAAUCUGUCCUGGCUCAUUUUAAUCAUAAAACUUUGCUGCUAAGGCUCUCCUAUUGUCGGGUCCUCCUGGAAUUGGCAAAACAACCAUUAUCAGAUUGAUCGCAAAAUAAAAGUCUUAUUAGUUGAUUGAAUGGAAUGCAUCUGAUGUUAGAAGUAAACUUUAAAUUGAAAAUUAUGUGAAACAUCUUUAAGACAACACAGUGCUUAGAUUUAAGGAUGCUAAUUUGAUUAGUGAAGGAAAGACUAUAAUCCUAAUGGAUGAAGUAGAUGGAAUGACUGGUAGUGAUAGAGGUGGAAAUAAAUGCUUAAUUGAUAUGAUCAGAUUAACAAAGGUGCCUAUUGUUUGUAUUUGCAACGAUAGAAACAAAUAAUCGAUGAGAUCUCUAGCCAAUUACUGUUUAGAUUUAUAGUUUAAAAAGCCCAAUUAAGUGGAAAUUUUUAAAAAACUUGAAUACAUCUGCAAAUCUGAAAAUAUCAGUUACGACCCUGCAGAAUUAAAAUAAUAAAUAGAGGUUUCUUAGUGUGAUAUCAGAUAAUUGCUAAACUUAUUGUAAAUGCAUAAAGUUGGGUUGAAAUUGCACAUCGACAAAAAUAUCGGAAAGGAUGGUUCAGUUACUACCAAUUUAUAUGAAUCGACAAGAAUGCUAUUGAAUUAUAAGGACUCACAAAACUUACCUAUCCAUAAAUUAAUGGACUUCUAUUUUUAGGAUCCAGAUAUGACUCAAUUCUUUUAUCAUGAGAACUAUUUAGACUUGAGUUUGGUGAAGAAGACUCCUUCCAAUUCAAUUUAAAAUAUUUCUCUAGCUGCCUCAUCACUGGCUGAUGCUGAUGUUUUGAAUACAAAGGUGAGAUCAUAGAUGUGGGGAUUGAUGCCAAAUGUGGGAUUCUUAUCAACCAUGUAUCCUACUUAAAUUUUGAAAGGGAAUAUACUUUCAAAAGUGAAUUUUCCUUAGAUGCUUGGUAAAAUAUCGAGUGAGAAUAAAAUUAAAAGACAAAUUUUAGAAGUGAAAGAAGCAUUUGCCUCAUAAACAUAUUUAACAAAUACUAAAGCAAUUAAAUUUUAAUACAUAGAACCAUUUUCAUUCUUUGUUAUUUAAAGUUUAGCAAGCGCUGGCUUAAGUUGCAUUGAUGAAAUAGUAACGUUGUUAAAAACCUACAAUCUAAAUAUUUAAUAAUUUGAAGAAUGUAUUGUUGGUUCAUUGGCAUUGUUCCCAAAAAGGGACUUGAUGACUGAAAUAACAUCACAAGUCAGAACAGCUUUGAAUAAAGCAAUGAAAUAAUCUAUGGAUUCUGCAGAUAGAUUAGGUAAAGACAGAAGAGCAAUAGCUUAAACCAAUUUUGUUAAGAAGACCAAAAAUAAUGAAGAUGAUUUAAAUGAAGAAUUUAAUUAAGAGGAGGAGAAUGAUGAAGACGAUUAAAAAUAGAAGAAGAAUACUAAAUAAAAAAAUAUUAAUGUUAAAUAGUAAGAAAAACCAAAAAAAAAGGAAGAAAAGCCAUAGACUGAUAAAAAUAAAUAAAAAAAGAAAGGAAAGAAAUGA